AUGUCUUGCACGAGACACCCCCAGGCAGGGCUCGUGUGCAAGGCACUGAUGAUCGUCCUGCACGAGACACCCCAGGCAGGGCUCCAGUGCAAGGCACUGAUGAUCGUCCUGCACGAGACACCCCAGGCAGGGCUCCAGUGCAAGGCACCGAUGAUCGUCCUGCACAAGACACCCCAGGCAGGGCUCCAGUGCAAGGCACUGAUGAUCGUCCUGCACGAGACACCCCCAGGCAGGGCUCCAGUGCAAGGCACUGAUGAUCGUCCUGCACGAGACACCCCAGGCAGGGCUCCAGUGCAAGGCACUGAUGAUCGUCCUGCACAAGACACCCCAGGCAGGGCUCCAGUGCAAGGCACCGAUGAUCGUCCUGCACAAGACACCCCAGGCAGGGCUCCAGUGCAAGGAACUGAUGAUCGUCCUGCACGAGACACCCCAGGCAGGGCUCCAGUGCAAGGCACCGAUGAUCGUCCUGCACAAGACACCCCAGGCAGGGCUCCAGUGCAAGGCACCGAUGAUCGUCCUGCACGAGACACCCCAGGCAGGGCUCCAGUGCAAGGCACUGAUGAUCGUCCUGCACGAGACACCUCAGGCAGGGCUCCAGUGCAAGGCACCGAUGAUCGUCCUGCACGAGACACCCCAGGCAGGGCUCCAGUGCAAGGCACUGAUGAUCGUCCUGCACGAGACACCCCAGGCAGGGCUCCAGUGCAAGGCACUGAUGAUCGUCCUGCACGAGACACCCCAGGCAGGGCUCCAGUGCAAGGCACCGAUGAUCGUCCUGCACAAGACACCCCAGGCAGGGCUCCAGUGCAAGGCACCGAUGAUCGUCCUUCACGAGACACCCCAGGCAGGGCUCAAGUGCAAGGCACUGAUGAUCGUCCUGCACGAGACACCCCAGGCAGGGCUCCCGUGCAAGGCACUGAUGAUCGUCCUGCACGAGACACCCCAGGCAGGGCUCAAGUGCAAGGCACCGAUGAUCGUCCUUCACGAGACACCCCCAGGCAGGGCUCCAGUGCAAGGCACUGA